AUGCUAAGAACCCAAAGUUCCCUGAAUACUUGGAGCCAGGAAAGAAGCAUGAAGUGGAUUGUGCUCCUUGGGCUGGUGGCCUUCUCAGAGUGCAUAGUCAAAAUACCUCUAAGGAGAGUGAAGACCAUGAGAAACACCCUCAGGGGAAAAAACAUGCUGAACAAUUACCUGAAGGAGCAUGCUUACAGACUGUCCCAGAUGUCUUUUCGUGGCUCAAAUUUAACUAUUCACCCGCUGAGAAACAUCGAGGAUGUGGUCUACAUGGGUAGCAUCACCAUUGGAACACCCCCUCAGGAAUUCCAGGUUAUCUUUGACACAGGCUCAUCUGACUUGUGGGUGCCCUCUGACUUUUCCGCCAUUCCAGCCUGUUCUAUACACAAUAGGUUCAGAUAUCUUCAGUCUUCUACCUUCCGGAUUACCAAUAAGACCUUCAGCGUCACCUAUGGAUCUGGGAGAAUGAAAGGAGUUGUUGCUCAUGACACAGUUCGGAUUGGGGACCUUGUAAGCACUGACCAGCCGUUCGGUCUAAGCAUGGCGGAAUACGGGUUUGAGGAUAUAACUUUUGAUGGUGUCUUGGGCUUGAACUACCCCAACAUGUCCUCUUCUGGAGCAAUCCCCAUCUUUGACAAGCUGAAGAAUGAAGGCGCCAUUUCUGAGCCUGUUUUUGCCUUCUACUUGAGCAAAGACGAGCAGGAGGGGAGUGUGGUGAUGUUUGGUGGGGUGGACCACCACUACUACAAGGGAGAGCUCAACUGGGUACCAUUGAUCCAAGCAGGUGACUGGAUUGUACACAUGGACCGCAUCUCCAUGAGAAGAAAGGUUAUUGCUUGUUCUGGUGGCUGCGAGGCCAUUGUUGACACCGGGGUAUCAGUGAUCAAAGGCCCAAGAACACUGGUCGAUAACAUACGGAAGCUCAUCGGCGCCACACCAUGGGGUUCCAAGCACUACGUUUCAUGUUUUGUGGACCUGCCUUCUAUUAUUUUCACCAUUAACGGUAUCAACUACCGAGUGCCAGCUCGAGCCUACAUCCUCAAGGAUUAUAGAGGCUGUUAUUUCAUCUUUGAAGAGAUCGCUGUGAGUCCACCUAUAGAGACCUGGAUCCUGGGUGACAUCUUCCUGAGGCUGUAUUUCUCAGUCUAUGAUCGAGGAAAUGACAGGAUUGGCCUGGCAAGGGCAGUGUAA